AUUUUUGUUCAUCCUGUAGAUUCCUGCCGGUAAAACCCAAGAGCAGGAGAAAUUCGUUGCUCUAUAUAAAGUGCUUGCAUGUCUUGUGUCAAUCGCGAAUUCUUGUGUCCUGUCAGUUGUGCUAAAAAUCGCGGGUGUUGGUGACUUCACACACCGUCGACAGACCAUCAGCUUCUCAAUGUCUCAGGAAAUAACGCACCAGAAGAUUAACGAUGCCUUUCAUGCGGACGAGUCUGAUGGAGACAUUGGACUUUGUGGAUGGAUCCUCACUGGUUUCUCCUGGCUGCUGAUUCUUUGCACAUUCCCUUUCUCUCUCUGCGUGUGUCUGAAGGUUGUGCAAGAAUACGAGAGGGCAGUGAUUUUUCGUCUCGGAAGGCUGAUGUCUGGUGGGGCAAAAGGACCAGGUUUGUUGUUCGUUCUGCCGUGCAUCGACAAAUUUUUUAUCGCAGACCUGAGGCUAAUUACGUUUGACGUACCUCCGCAAGAGGUGCUGACAAAGGACAGUGUGACAGUGUCGGUGGACGCCGUGGUCUACUACCGAGUGUCGAAUGCGACCGUGUCGAUCGCCAAUGUCGAGAAUGCGCAUCAUUCGACGCGACUUUUGGCACAGACCACUCUGCGAAAUGUGCUCGGCACCAGAAAUCUUCACGAGAUCCUCGGCGAUCGUGAAAGCAUCUCCACGUUCAUGCAG